AAAACGACUCAUACUUGAUCUGCCCAAUCACAAAUCAACAAAAACAAAACAAAAUUGCGAUUUGCAUUUACUAAAUCUGAAAAGAAAAAGAAAAAUAUAAACUGAGAUCUUUUCUGAGAUUUUGUCCUCCUCCUAUGUUUGAAGUUUGAACAUAAAAAUUGUAUUUUUUUUCUUUGAAGUUUCCAACAGAAUUUUUUUUUUUUUUUGAAACUUUAAGUGAUUAGAAUUUUAAAUUUGUCUUUUUUAUUUGGUGGGUAUAUUCUUUUUUAUCGGGAUUUUUGUUAGCAGAGAAAGACGACGAUGUCGUCGUCGUCGCCGGACAUUGCCGGAAUAUUAGAUAAUACGAAGGAGCUUGAUCGGUUAAGGAAAGAACAAGAGGAAGUUCUUGUGGAGAUCAAUAAGAUGCAUAAGAAGCUUCAAGCUACACCUGAGAUAGUUGAGAAGCCUGGUGAUACUUCAUUGUCAAAGCUUAAAAAUUUGUACAUUCAAGCAAAAGAGCUUUCAGAAAGUGAAGUAACCGUUUCAAAUAUUCUGCUUACUCAGUUGGAUUCUCUGCUUCCAUCUGGACCAACUGGGCAACAACGCAGAAAAUUAGUGGCAGAAGGCAACGAACAGAAGAGAAAGAGAAUGAAAGUAGAUUCAGAUGUAACAAGAGUUUCUCCUUCCAUGAGAAAUCAAAUCGAGGCAUAUGCCAGUCUAAAGGGUGAACAGGUUGCUGCAAGAGUCACAGCCGAGGAUGCCGAGAAGGAUGAAUGGUUUGUGGUGAAAGUUAUUCACUUCGACAGAGAAACAAAAGAAGUUGAAGUACUUGAUGAAGAACCAGGAGAUGAUGAAGAAGGAGGUGGCCAGAGGACGUAUAAACUAUCAAUGUCAUGUAUUCUACCGUUUCCAAAAAGGAAUGAUCCUACAAGCACACAAGAGUUUCUACCAGGAAAACAUGUCUUAGCUGUAUAUCCUGGAACCACAGCCCUCUACAAGGCAACUGUAGUCAGUACCCCACGAAAGAGGAAGUCUGACGAGUACUUGCUAGAAUUCGAUGAUGAUGAAGAAGACGGAGCAUUACCUCAAAGAACAGUGCCAUUCCACAAAGUGGUAGCUUUACCAGAAGGCCAUCGCCAGUGAAUUUCAGAUGGAUACAAUAAAAUAAGAGACUAACUAUUUGGGUGCCAAAAGCAUAAGUUAAGAGCUGUUGUCCCUGUUUUGUAGUUCACAUGAGAUGUUUUGAAGACUAAAAAGGUAAUUUUUUUCCUUUUUACUAUUCAAUUUGGGGCGAAGCUACUCUAGUUAAAUGUAAUGUUUGAAUGUGUUAUGUGUAUAUAUAUAUAUAUGUAUGAGACCAUGGAUAUGUAUCAUAUUAAGACACAAUUUAUAAAAGUUACAUUUGUAUGA